CUCCAGCCCCAGCCGAGGUUCGCUGCUGAACCGAGCCGUAGAGCCCUCUCUCUUGCCUUUUUGUCGUCUGGUUUUCGCGUGCGGAUAUACGCGGCUGAACUGUCCUCGGCGUCGUCCGGCCGUCGGACGCCGCUCCACCCGGUGCGACCUCGCUCGCCAGCCUCCUCCGUGUCGUCGCGUUGCUCGCGUCGCGCCAACGCAACCGGAUUCAGCAGUGAGGUGAUCAGCGUGUGCAGGGAGGAACUUCCCGCGGACAUAGUGCACGUCAGUGAACAGUGAACCGCAGGAUAUUAUUCCCACAGUGUUUACGGACGCGGCCAGUGGACUCUGGUACAACUCGUCCGAAAGAUCCACCGGCUGUCAGUGUGUCUCAGUUGAAUGAAUAAGUGUGAUUACGGUGCUGCUGGUUGACCGGGUGUUUUACGGAGAGUGCUGUACCUGGGUCACAGGUUCGCCGCAAAGCUAGACCGUCGCGACGUACGAUGUCGACUGGACGGUUCGCGACGGUGCUCGAGGCGAUCGAGAGAUCUCAGUGGCAGCUACGAGAACGGAGCCAGGAUCGCGGGAUCCGUUCCUGAGCGGCUUGCACCGACGCUUUCCAAUCAUGUCCGAGAACCAACCGAACAGUUAAUAGGUUGACGGUCAGUUAGCCAGUGAUACAGAGAACGAACAGGAAAGACGCGAUAUUGGCGGAAUAGGUGUCGCGAUUAGUGAAGAGACAGUGCGUCAGUUAGGUAUAGAGUCCCUCGGUUUGAGUCACUCGAAGAGGAAUCUCGCGCGACUCGGCACACUCGCCCGUCUCGAUGAGAUUCGAACAAGACACAGCGUGCAGGGGUACCCACUGCGCCAGCACUCCGCAACCCUCCGCGCUGCAGCAGCGAUCACGGGUCGAGGAGGUGGUGGAGGAGGAGGUGGACUCCUCCGCGAAGGACAUAGAAGGUCAACGGCGUAGACGAGAAUUGGAGGCUAACGUGGUCGAGGGUGCAAACACGGGGCCGAGGGCCGAGGCGGGGGGGCCUGGGAUGGCGUACCCCGCGUCAGCGACGGCUCUGAAUCAGCACUCGCCCUUUCCGACCUCGAUCGCUGGAACACCGUCCAGCAACCCCAACGGACACAUAUCCGGCGGCCACCUGCCGGCCCCAGCCGCCCCGCGACCGACGGAUUUCAGCGUCUCCUCGUUGUUGACCGCGGCCAACACUCAUCCACCAAUUUUGGGCGGCUCGUCGUCGCAAGGUAGCGCCUCGCCGCCACCAGGAGGACCCGGUAGUCCGGCCGCGGCGCCGGAAACGCCGCCGCCGUUGCUCAGCCAAAGGGAAUUGUCGCAUCCGUCCUCGGCGGUGGUCGUGGCCAGCUACUUCAGCGCUGCCACCCUGGCAGCGGCCGGAUUCUACAAUCCGGCGGCCCACUUGCCGGCGACAAGCUCGCCCGGCCCGACGGCACAUCAUCUACAAGGAAAAGGAAUCCUCAAUAGCGCGCACCAUCAUCCGCAUCUGAACCCUCACGGCAUCACACCACCAGGUUUAGGCCUGGGGCCACAUACCCCCGAAGAAGCAGCCGUUUUGGCGGCAGCAGCGGCAGCAUUGCACCACCAUCAUCAGGGUGGUCCUGGUGGACCCGCUAUGAGGCCACUGAGGCCCCAUAUACCCCCGGGGAUGCUUCACGCGUCGCCACAUCCCCUGGCGCCUCAUCAUCCGCUUGCGGGGCCUCAUCCUGCCCUUAUGCCACCUCCGGAAGAUGACGGUGUUGUAGAUGAUCCCAAAGUUACCCUCGAGGGCAAGGAGCUCUGGGAGAAAUUUCACAAGCUUGGCACGGAGAUGGUGAUUACGAAAAGCGGCCGGCAGAUGUUCCCUCAAAUGAAGUUCCGAGUUAGCGGACUGGACGCUAAGGCCAAGUACAUGCUUCUGCUGGACAUCGUGGCCGCGGAUGACUACAGAUACAAGUUCCACAACAGCAGGUGGAUGGUGGCGGGGAAGGCCGAUCCGGAAAUGCCGAAGAGGAUGUACAUCCAUCCGGACUCGCCUAGCACAGGCGAGCAGUGGAUGCAGAAGGUCGUGAGCUUCCACAAACUCAAACUCACCAACAACAUCAGCGACAAGCACGACUUUGUAAGUAUUACGAUAUUGAACUCAAUGCACAAGUACCAACCGAGGUUUCACCUGGCGAGGGCCAAUCACAUCUCGCAGCUCGCCUACUCGACGUUCAGGAGUUACGUUUUCAAGGAAACGGAAUUCAUCGCGGUGACCGCCUAUCAGAACGAGAAGAUCACCCAGCUGAAAAUCGAUAACAACCCGUUCGCGAAAGGAUUCCGGGAUACGGGAGCGGGGAAGCGAGAGAAAAAAAGGCAGGCGGUAUUGACAGUAUCAGGAGGCGGUUCCCGGCUGACGGCAGGUGGGCCAGCAUCCCCGGAGAAGCGGCGGUCCUCGAACUCCGUCAACGACCUCCUCGACGACGAGGACAAGCUUCUGGACGUCGUGGGCCCGGACACGCCUCAUCCCGGACAUCAUCAGCGCGAACGCGAGCAUUCUCGGGAGAGGGACGACAGGACCAGCGAGAGAGGAGAGGGCAGCGAGUCUUCUGGCUCAGAGAGCGGAGGCGGGCCGGGCCCGACAGCCUCAGAAGGGCCUAGACCUGAAGUGUCGGUGGGCCUGCCGCUUCAUCCGCCUCUGCUACCAUACCUCUAUCCACCUGUACCCGGUCUCUACCCCGGUCCAGGUCCUCUGAUACCCUCCAGUCAUCUGGGUAUCCACGGUGGAGUAUCGCCAGGCAUGUUGUUCAACGCGCAACUAGCUCUGGCCGCGUCUCAGCACCCAGCUCUGUUCGCGCACUACCAUCAUCCGCUGGCCAGCCCGUUGCACCAGCUGAAGGGGCACCGAUACGCGCCGUACACCCUGCCGGCACCCUCUCACGGCUCCGCGUUCGAGACCGUUACCCCUGGUAGCAGGACUCUGAGUCCCAGGUCCCCGCCGCCCAGGCCCCCGACCGGUUCCCCGACGCCCGCGGCGGGCCUGACGUCCAGCAGCAGCUCCGCGGGUGAGCUCAAGUCCAUCGAGAACAUGGUGAACGGGCUCCAGGAGAAGAGGAGACGCAGCCCCAGUUUGACGCCCGGGCACAGGGGCGACGCGGACGCUGGAGGGGGGAGUCCGUGACAGGAGAACGAACCCGUGACCAGCACGAACGGCGACCCAGAAGACAAGCAGUUGGCUGAAUCCUGUGACCCCGAAGAACUCUACGGCGACGAGAGGGAGCCGGACUCGACCUCCGAGCUGUCGUAGCAGGGGAGAGGGUCGUCGGUUCGACCCGGGACCCUCUGUGCCCCAUUCUGGGACGCUUCACGGCGCCCGGGCCCCUCUGCGUCCCUCUGGAGGAUAGGCGGCGACCUGGACGAGGGACGCUCGAGACUACGAAGUGCAAUUUUACCCCGCGGACCGGGGACGUGUUCUCCAUCGGUUUCUGGGACUCGACGCUGGGCCUAGUUCCCUGUGAGUGUAUAUAGAAUGGCCGGGGGUGGAUCGCGCGGGGCCCGGGGUCCACGGACGCUGCAUGGAUUGCGAGAGUUGGUGGUGUACAUUGAUCCAGGGCACGGAAGGGCGGAACGAGCAACGACGGGCACAAGAGUCGCCUGUUCGAAUAGGUUCGAGUGUCGCUCGACGUUGAAGAUCUCCUGUUGCCUGGCAUCGAAAACUGCUGGGUGUCUCGAUAGUCUUGGGAGUCUCGAAUGUUUUGUAACAUUUCGCUACCUUUUCAGUUCCUUCGUUACCUUCGUCUAUGUUUCCAUAGUAAAAGAUUCUGGUGCUUCGAGGCCCCCAAGAUCGGACUUGUCCAAUUUCGUUCGGAUAAUUGACGUCGAAAUGUCGGGUAACGCUCGAAGUGGUUCGAACUGUUGCACGGAUUCGCGAGGAGUUUGCGAAGGAGGGAGUGAAGUGUCCGUCACUAGUGACGACUAGCGACUGCGUUCUGCCCGCGUGCGUUUUUAGGUGUAAGAGAGGGAGACAUUGCAAUACAAGA